UCUUUUUCAACUGAGGGGAAACUUCAAACUCUGAAAAAAAAAUACAAUAUUAUUCACCAGAAGACAAAACCCACAGAAGGAGAAGAGAUUUGGGAUUACUUCACCUCGUUUACCGUCAGUCACAGAUAAAAUGUCGUCUGGAAUCCAAGAAGAGCUGUCCUGCCCCGUUUGUCGAGACAUAUUCAGAGACCCUGUUGUUCUGUCGUGCAGCCACAGCUUUUGUAGAAACUGCCUGAAAAGAUGGUGGAGAAAGAAAGAAAUACGCCAGUGUCCUGUUUGUAAGAGUGCAUCUAAAAAGAAAAACCCACCCUGUAACUUGGUGUUAAAGAACCUGUGUGAGAACUUCUUACUGGAGACAAAUCAGAGUGCUUCAGCAGAGUCCGAGUCGCUCUGCGGUCUGCACUCGGAGAAACUCAAACUCUUCUGUCUGGACCAUCAGGAGCCAGCGUGUCUCAUCUGCAGAGACUCAAAAACUCACAGCAACCACAGAUUCAGACCCAUCGAUGAGGCUGCGCAGGAUCACAGAAAGGAGCUCCAGAUCUCACUGAAACGCUUACAGGACAAACUGAAGGCCUUUGAACGAGUUAAAGGAAACUUUGUUCAAACAGCAGAACACAUUAAGGUUCAGGCCUUUCACGCAAAGAGGCAGAUCAAGGAGCAGUUUAAGAAGCUUCACCAGUUUCUGCAAGAGGAAGAGGAGGCCAGGAUCACUGCUCUGAGAGAGGAAGAGGAGGAGAAGAGUGCGAGUAUGAGUGAAAUGAUUGCAGCUCUGAGCAGAGAGAUAGCAAGUCUCUCAGAAACAAUCAGAGCCACAGAGGAGGAGCUGAGAGCACGAGACAUCGCUUUCCUGCAGAACUACAAGGCUGCAGUGAGCAGAGUCCAGCAGUGCCCCCCGCUUGAUGAUCCACAGCUGGUGUCAGGAGCUCUGAUAGAUGUGGCCAAACACCUGGGCAACCUGACCUACAACAUCUGGAACAAGAUGAAGAAGAUGGUCUCCUACUCUCCUGUGAUCCUGGAUCCAAACACAGCUGAAUCACACCUCUGCAUAUCUGAAGAUCUGACCAGUGUGAGCCUUGGAGAGAGGCAGCAGCUUCCUGACAACCCAGAGAGGUUUGAUGGCUAUCCGAUCGUCCUUGGCUCAGAGUGUUUCGACUCAGGGACUCACAGCUGGGAUGUUGAAGUUGGAGACAGUCCAAACUGGCUAGUUGGUGUGGCUGAAGAAUCAACUAAAAGAAAGGGACAAACAGACUUUAAGUGUGGAUUGUGGGCUGUGUGGUUCAGUAAGGGUAGUUAUUUCAUACGUUCCCCACUAGAUUCGUCCUCCUUUCAUCCAAAGAAAAAGCUUCAGAGGAUCCAAGUUUGCCUGGACUGGAAAAGCGGGAAGCUGUCAUUCUCCGAUCCUGACAUCAACAUUCACACCUUCACACACACUUUCACUCAGAAACUUUUUCCAUUUGUUUACACCAAGAACGAACUGCCAUUGAAGAUAUUACCACGAGUGUCUCAUGACAGUGCAGACUCUGAUAGUGAAAGAGAUCACGAUGAAGGUGGUGAAACUGUUAAUGGCAUUCUUGAUGACGACGAUGAUAUUAUUCACGAUGAUGAUGAUGAUGAUGAUGAUGACUGACACUAUAGCCACAUACCAAUGUUUUCCCUUCAAGUGUAAAAA